AUGGCUCCCUUGACGUGGUUUGUUACUGGCUGCUCUAGUGGCUUCGGCGAACUCUUAGUACGCCAGCUCCGUGCUGCCGGCGAUAAUGUCAUUGCCACUGGCCGUAGUGCCGAAACGAGACUCGCCCAUCUCAAAGACACAGGAGCAGCUAUCAUCGACCUUGAUGUCACAGCGUCGACCGCUGAAAUCCAGGCCAAAGUCGACGAGGCCUGGGAUAUCUAUCCCGGAGGCAUCGACGUCGUGGUCAACAAUGCAGGCUACAUCGUCAGUGGACCGGUUGAAGAGUUGACACAAGAAGAUAUGGAUCUCUCUUUCAAAGUCAACUUCCAUGGACCACUCAACAUCACCCGUGCGUUCUUACCUCGCCUACGGGAGAAAAACAAGGGCACGCUUCUCUUUGUCAGUUCUCAAGCAGCGUGGCAUGCCGAUCCAAGUGCUGGUAGCUAUUGCGCCGCCAAAUUUGCUCUAUCAGGUGCCGUUGAAUGCCUCGCCAAAGAACUGGCCAUGUUUGCUCCCGGUGUCAAGGUGCUCAUCGUUGAGCCUGGUUAUUUCCGGACCAAGGUCUUCUCCAACAUCAAGCAUGUCGAGCCCCGCCUGCCGGUUUAUGCCCAGUUUAAUGCCGGUGUGCGGCAGUACGAGGCAUCCAUUAUCGGCAAUGAGCCUGGCGACGCCGAUAAGGCUGUUACGCGAAUGAUUGAGCUGGUCAAGGGUACGGGCAUGGCUGCGGGGAAACAGAUACCGCUGCGUGUUCCUUUGGGGUCGGAUGGCUGGGAGAGGAUCAAGGCGAAGUGUGAGGAGACGCUGGCGAUCUGCGAAGAGUGGGAGGAUGUUGCGAAGAGCACAGACCAUGUGGCAGUAGAUGCCGCUUAG